GCAGUAACGCCACCCACGACCUGGCAACUUGGAGUUUGGCGCGGAACAGACGUGCCCAGCUACUCAAGUGAGAUACAAGUUUGCGUCUCGGGGCUCCCCACUUCCUCAGGACCCAACUCCCCCAGAUUCCUAGAGAACCUAUACAUUGAGGCAGCAACAGCAAGAUGGCACACUGUGCAGUAAGAGGCAAGGCCACACUAUCAAGAGCAACAACAGCAGUUAUGGCCUUCAUGCUGCUGAUCCCUGUGACUGUGACUGUGACUGCGACAGCCUCCAGCAAAACAACUUCCAAUGCCAGUGGUGUCCUACGACACCUUGUUAAGGGAACCUACCUCCUCUAUACAAAUGGGAGACGGAGCGAGAGGGACCUGCCAGUGUGCGCCUCAAAGGCAGAGGCAUGCAAUCUGGCACACCGCCGCUACUGGCUCACACCAAUCACAGAGCGGCUGUGCCGGUGCAAAGACCGCUCAGAAUGUCCACUACACUUCACAGCUCUUCAAGACCCCCUGGCUCAACAUGUCACAAACAGAGGCCAACUGAAGUUCUGUGGUUCAUUCAUAGAAAAGUUAUCUCAGUGCAAGGAAGGGGAAGUGGCUCUAAAGAUGCAACUUGUUAGAAGGCCUAACGCACCACCGUACUCCAGCAGUACUCCCUCAAAGGUCAUCGACCCACACACCACCCUCCUGUGCCGCUGCCCAUGGCCUUAUGCUUGGAGUCUUACCAAUGCCACCACCAGUGCCACUCGCACUGAACGCACCUACCUCUACACUUGCCAGGAGCUCCCAAUGUGCAGAAGAGGUGAAAAGUGUGGCUACAUCAGGGAAGAUACUCUAGAGACCUACUAUACUUGCUCUUGUCCUGAGCAACAGCUAUGUAUGUUCAGAGGACCCCAAUCGACUGUUACCACCUCCCAACUUCAUUACAUCGAACAGCAAGUACUUAAGCGCCUCUCAUUAUCAAGACUUCUAACAUUAUAGGAAGAUAUUCAUCGUCACUGUGAAAUAAGAAUCAACACUGUGUGGUAUUUUACUUCCCAAUAUUUUUAAUAAACCUUUCUCUCAAAAAAACAGCUUGUCAUUCCUUUUUCUGCUUCUUCCUAUGGUACCAUCUUUCAUUUGAAGAAACAAGCUUGAGCUCAUAAAUAAAAACUUCCA